AUUCCAGCCGUCGUCUCUCCGCCAUCUGAUUUCAACCAGUCAUUCAAGUCCCAGGUGGCAUUUUGUUUGCUGGGCUCGAGAAAUUUGAUGUAAAGUAGCAAAUCCAAAUAACCAAUUUGAGGCUGAAGAAAAGAGGUCAGACCUUCGCUGAAAGAUCCUUCCUUUACCAUCUGAAGGUAAACUAUCAUUUUCAUCUUCUCAGGCUGCUCUCAAUUGGGUUGUUCGUAACUUCGCCAGUUCGUGUUUCCUUAUUGGCGGGUAGUUGAGUAAUUUUCCGGGGAAGAUGCAAAUUCUGGAGCUUUUGGUUAUGUUUUGGUUAUUGAAAAUGGAAAUGGAAGCAAAUUUGUGAUCUUGAUUGGGAAAUUGUCUAUCUUUAUGUCGUAAUUGAUUGCGUUGGAUAGGGAAGUAAUGGAAAGAGUGCAAGUGAUUAGUGUUUUCCUAAGAGUUGCUGCAUUAGCCUGAAGAUGAAGAUUGAGAUAUGGAGAUGGAAUUUAGAGAUGAGGAUGUUUUGCAGUUGUUCAUGACUGUAUAUACAUGUCAGUUAUCAAGAAAUGUUCUUGUUUUGUUCACAUGAUUCGGAUUUUAAGUCAUUUGAUAGUGUCUUGAUUUAAGAUUGGAGGAGAGGUUGCAACAGUUUUAGUUCAUGGAGUUCUGCAGCUGCUUACUGCUAGCUGCUUGGAGUUCGAGUUCGAGUUAAGUUCAGCGGAGACUGUUGAAAAUGUAUCCGAUUGCUUUGAGUUCGUUAUCUGUUGAACCCUUAGCAACAAGUUCGUUUGAUGCAUGGGAAUUCGGCUUCAGAUGGAUUUCAGUGAUAGCAGAAUAUAUCGCCUUCCUUGUUUUACUACUUCAAGUAAUGGAUCCUGGAUAUGUAGAGUUUGGCUGCUGUAGGCCAUAGUUCUUUUUUACAUGAUCUGUUGUUUUACCAGGCCAAAUUCAUCAUCGAUGUAAUUCCUGUUGUAUGGUUUAGGCUAUAGGUAUCGACAACUCGGACAUAUUCCCUGCUGUUAAUCUCUGUGGCGUGCUUUCAACAAUGUGAAGCAUCUCUUUUCAUUUGUCUUCUGUGUUCCUCAUCCAGGACUAUGUAAUUUUAAGGACAUUCUAACGAGUUAUCUCCUUUUGCAGGAUCAGGGAUGGUAGUAGGAAGAGUGUUGGCUGCUCCUCUACUAACAUUCAAUUCAGGAACACGUAGAAGUGUUGUUGAUCGUGACCUUGCAGCAGCAACUGCUUUUUCACCGCUUUCAUUAACCAAAUGUCACACACGUCGCAAGAGCUGGACAAUACGUUCGUCGACAGCAGACCCUCAAACUCUACCUUUGACUGAUGAAGAACAGUCUACAUGGGACUCAUGCAGAGAAGUCCUCUCAGCAUUCGACUUUGACACUCAAGAGAAAGACAAGAUGCUCGGGAAAGCAUUCGGGCACGUGCCAUCACCAUACUGGGGGGAAGAGCGAAAGCAGGAGGUGCCAAGAUUCGAGGUAGUGCAUGGUAUCUUAGAAUACUUGAGGUCUCUCGGGCUAUCCGACGAUGAUAUCUUGAAGGUGCUGAAGAAGUUUCCAGAAGUGAUGGGAUGCAGCCUCGAAGACGAUCUGAAGAAGAAUGUGGGGAUCCUGGAAAAGGUGUGGGCGAUUAAAGGGAAAUCUCUAAAGAAUCUGCUGCUGAGAAAUCCGAAAGUGUUGGGGUAUAAUGUUGAUUGUAAGGGGGAUUGUAUAGCGCAGUGCACACGCUGCUGGGUUCGAUUCUAAGGCUGCUUCGUGUAGAGAAUUGAGAACAUGUCACACGCUCAAAGCUAUGUACAUAUAUCUCAUUUAUGAGUGUGAUGAGAGAUCUUCAUUGGCCUGAUAUAUGCAGGACUUAGUAAUCAGAAUAAGAUUCAAUAAAUAUGUGUAUCUAAAGACCUUGGAUGUUCAUACCGGAAGUCCAUGGAACAGAGGAAUUCAGACCACAUGACAUAUUAGCUUCUGCAAAUGUUUUGAAUUAUGAGACGCUCGCUUCUGGCAAUUGCUAUGUCUAAAGUGAUGCUGAUAAGUUUUAAGGUUUUAUCAUGGCCGGUUGUGCUUGCCCAUGAAAUUCAGUGCCCCCCACUAAGGACUGGUUCGAGUUCUCGGACUUUGUUGCGAGAUAAUCGUUGAAGUAGCCAUAUUGAUAGCCAUCAAGCAACCAUAUCCCCCACAGCAAAGUCCAAUGUAAACACAUGGGUACUAUCCCUUUUCCCGUUCGAGCUAUCUAUCGAUAAAUGAAAAGUAUCUCAUAUACGUCUCAUUCCACUUUCUCGAAAAUUUCAGUUCAGGUUCCAUGCCACAGUAGUUCAUGAACCUGGGAAAACAGGUCGGUAAAUCGAUUAUGAAGACGAAUAUGCAUAAUGUGGAACCACUUCUGCUGUUAACGUUUGUUUUCGGAAUGGGGCUGCAGAUUGCAAGUGGAAGUGCAAGUACAGGUGCAGCAAGGCGUUGAGGCACAAGACAUGCAUCAGGGCAUGUAACACCUGCUGCCAACGUUGCAACUGCAUUCUGCCGGGCACAUCCGGCAACUACGACACUUGCCCUUGCAACUAUCACAUGACCACUCACAGCGGCCGUCGCAAAUGCCCUUAGCUAUUUACCGUUCUGUUUUCCUUUUUUUGGAACCCUUUCAUCCUGUUUCCCUACAGUUGAUUUCGGUCUGUGACUUAUACUACUAUGCAUAUAGGCUAUAGCAACGACUGGUCAUUAUAUUUAGGGUGUCGAAUGUAGCUACCAUAAAGGUUGUGUUGGUUA